AUGAAUGUUACGGUGAACAUAACAAACAACGACAAAAGUCUCAAGUCCUAUGAUUUUUCAAUUUUUGCACGGUUGUGUGGACAUACUGGUCAAAGCACCAACAGUUCGAACGAUUCUUUUAUUUUACGACUACAGAGUAUAUGCAAUUCCCCUCUGUAUAGUAUAACCAUAGAUCGCAAAAACAUUUUACCCACCCCGUUACCCAAAUCCACAGUGGAAGUGUUCAUGGUGCUCUAUCUAUUGAUUAUAAUUUUGGCAGUGUUUGGCAAUUCGUUGGUGCUUGGAUUUAUUGGUGUGGUGAAGAAAGCCCGGACUUUGACAGAUAUUUACAUUGUAUCGCUAGCAAGCAGUGAUCUACUGAUUGCAGCAUUGAACAUGCCGUUUCAGCUGUACUAUGUGGUAGCCAAUGACUGGGUGGCAAGUGGUAAUUUUGGUCUCUUUCUCUGCAAGUUCACGACGUAUAUUGAAGGUGUGACGGUCGUAGCCAGCAUUCUUACGCUGCUUUUUAUUGCAAUUGACAGGUAUGCUGUUAUUUGUGAAAUAGGGAUCGCAAACGUCAUCCAUAACCGAAGUUCUGGUAGAAUUAUUGUAAUCGCUCUAUGGUGUAUUUCGUUGUGCGUUCCGUCCCCAAAUCUUAUAUUUCAAAAACUAGACAAAAGAGUAAAUGUGAAGAAUACAGAUGGAGUGCUUUUAAUGGAUGGUUUCAAAUACAUUUGCGUAGAGUUUUUCCCAAACAAAUACAGCAGUCGCAUUUACACAGCUAUGAUAUACACGUGUUUUUAUCUCCUUCCGGUUCUGGUGAUAGCUUUUAGCUACGGUCGGAUCGGACACCGUCUCUGGAUCCACCACCCCAUCGGCGAUGUCUUGGAAAAUCCACGUCAUCACGAGCGCAAUAUCAAACAGAAGAAGAGAGUGAUUAAAAUGCUUGUUAUGCUUUUCUUGUCGUUUACCCUUUUGUGGCUUCCAUUUUUCACCUUUCAUCUGUACAGAGAAUUUGUUGUCAAUGAGAACGAGUCUUUUAGGAUGAAGAGUGCCAUUUUAAAAUUGAUUGGAUAUGCCAAUUGCUGCGUCAAUCCGAUAAUAUACACUUUUUUAAACAAGGCUUUCCAAAAUGAAUUCAUACGUUUAUUCUGCAAAAAUCGAGUAUUUGUAACCUCCAUGAAUGGAAAAACUGAAAUGGUUCGUAUUACCAAGUUAUGA